AUGAACACCACUGAGAAACUCGAAGAGGGAUACUCAACACAACGACCUCCAAUGUUUAGUGGCAAAUACUAUUCUUAUUGGAGAAACAGGAUGGAGAUCUUUAUCAAGGCUGAGAACUAUCAAGUAUGGAGAGUCAUUGAAGUUGGAGACUUCCAAGUCACUAAGCUAAACACCUCUGGUGAAAUCGUUCCUAAACCGAUUGCUGAAUUUGACAAAGCCGACUACGAAAAACUCGAGCUUAAUGCCAUGGCUGUCAAAAUUCUUCACUGUGGACUAGGUCCAAACGAGCACAAUAGAGUAAUGGGAUGCAAGAUUGCGAAGCAAAUUUGGGAUCUGCUCCAAGUUACUCAUGAAGGAACAAACGAAGUCAAAAGAUCAAAGAUUGAUCUUUUAAUGCACCAGUAUGAGUUGUUCACCAUGAAGCCUUCUGAAACAAUUCAAGACAUGAUCACCCGCUUCACUAACAUCAUCAAUGAAUUGAACUCUCUUGGCAAAAUCAUAACCCCUGAGGAACAAGUUAGAAAGGUUCUAAGAAGUCUUCCACAGGAUCUCUGGAUGGCCAAGGUAACUGCUCUUCAGGAAACUAAAGACUUCACCAAGUUUAACCUGGAACAACUAGCUGGAUCCCUCCUGACUCAUGAACUGCAACUAAAUGCACGCCCUUCAGAGAAUAACAAAAAUAGGGCUCUCGCUCUAAAAACUGAAAAUGAUGAAAACUCUGAAGAGGAUGUGGAAACAGCCCUAUUUGCUAGGAGAUUCAGAAGAAUGUUCAGAAACUAUAAAGAUGGAGAUCACAGAGGCAAACCUAACCAGAAAUUCUCCAAAACUGAUACUGGAUGCCAUAAGUGUGGAAACUUGGAACAUCGCAUUAGGGAAUGUCCCCUCUGGGAUCAAGAACGAGGAAAAGGAAAGGAAACAACCAAAGACAGAUUCAAAGAUAACAUGAACUCAUUCUCCAAAACUGAGGUGAGAAAGGCCAUGAUUACUGCAUGGGGAGACACUUCUUCGGAUGAGGAACAGGAACAACCCAACGAAGAAACAGCUCACCUGUGCCUUGUAGCUGAACAUGAAGAAGAUGGAUCUGACUCAGAAUCUGAAAAAUUCCAGGCAAGUCUCGCUCAAAUUAAAAAUAAACUUGAAUCUCUUUCCAAAUUAGAAUUGUUUGACCUACUUUCCUGUCUCACUAGUGAUUAUGAGGAUCUAAAAGAAAAAUUAGAUUCUGAUAAAGAACACCAGACUACCAUAAAGGAACUUACUGAUGAGCUAGAAUGGACAAAAAAUACUAACAUAGAUAUAGACAAUCGGUUCUUUAACCUCUUUGAUCAGAACCUCCACAUAAAAGAAAUCUGUGAAUCCUUGCGAAGUGAAAACACCUGGCUAAAACAAGAAUUGAUUGAUCUAGAAGUAGCCAAGACUAAAAGCCUUUACAAAGGUGAACUAGGAAGAACUCAACUGGAACUAGUCAAGAUUCACCAAGAAAAGACCAACCUAGAAGAUGAACUAGCUAGAAAGACUAGACACAGAAUAGAAGGAACACCUAAAUGGAUAGAAGAAGCUAGAACCAAACGCACAGAAGGACUAGGUUUCAAUUAUAAGAAACGUCACCCUAGAAAGACUAGAGUAGAUCUCUACAGUGACAUAGUAUGCUCCUUCUGUGGUCUAAUUGGUCAUUACAGAAACUCAUGUCCCAAAAACCAAAGAGGCUUGGAAAAGAACAUAGAACACACCAGAACUAAAUGGGUCGAAGUGAGGGGGAACAACACAUGGUAUCUAGACAGCGGUUGUUCCAAGCACAUGACAGGAGACAGAAACAGAUUUCUCUCACUCACGACCUAUGAAGGUGGAACUGUGACUUUUGGCGAUAAUAAAAAAGGUAACAUCAUUGGGAUUGGUAAGGUCGGUAAGUCAAAGUCUCACUCCAUCGAUAAUGUAUUUUUAGUUGAAGGUCUAGGACAUAGCUUGUUAAGCAUCUCUCAAUUCUGUGACAAAGGAAAUUAUGCUAAAUUCUUCUCGAAUAAAUGUCUGAUUAUCAACAGUAACACUGAUACAGUGAUCUUAGAGGGACAGAGGAAAGGGAACACAUAUGUGGUUAACCUUAACUCUGUUCCUCACUCCAAUCUGACCUGUCUCAGUGUUAUUGAAGAUGAUCCAUUAUUGUGGCAUAAAAGAUUUGGUCAUGCUAGUUUCUCUCUAAUGAACAAGUUGAAUUCAAAAAAUUUAGUCACAGGUCUUCCGAAUACCAAGUUCGCAAAAUUAUCAGUAUGUGAUGCCUGUAUCAAAGGAAAACCAGUAAGGACCUCCUUCAAGUCUAAGGGAAUAAUCAGUACAACAAGACCACUGGAGCUGAUCCACAUGGAUUUAUGCGGACCAAUGAGAACUCAAAGCAGAAGUGGAAAAAGAUAUGUGCUCGUAAUUGUAGAUGACUUCUCAAGGUACACAUGGGUAAUUUUCCUAGCCAGCAAGGAAGAAACAUUUGAAGAAUUCGUGGCAUUUGCCUCUAGGGUCCAACGACAAAGCAAUCACAAACUGGUCCACAUCAGAUCAGAUCAUGGUACUGAAUUCCAAAACAAGAAAUUUGAUGACCUAUGUAAAGAAUCAGGAAUAGAUCAUAACUUCUCUUCACCUAAAACUCCUCAACAGAAUGGUGUGGUAGAAAGAAAGAAUCGAACUCUUGAAGACAUGACAAGGACAAUGCUGAUUGCUAGUGGACUUCCAAAAAGUUUCUGGGCCGAAGCUCUAAACACAGCAUGCUAUGUGCUCAAUCGAGUGUUAAUUAGAGCAAUCAAAAACAAAACCCCAUAUGAAUUAUAUAGAGGAAGAAAACCCUCUAUAACACAUCUCAGAAUCUUUGGAUGCAAGUGUUUCGUCCAUAACAAUAGAAAAGAUCAACUGGGAAAAUUUGAUGCACGAAGUGAUGAAGCUAUAUUCUUGGCAUAUGCUUCAAACAGUACAACCCCUGACGGAAACUUCGAACUAGGACUCACAAGAGAAACUGAAGACGAAGAAGUAAGAAGGACUUCUCAAAUAGAAGAACAGGCUCAGGAUGUUGAAACACCUGAAGGAGGCACAGUUGAAGUGGAACAAACGCAAACUGAGGAUCAUACGGAACCAAAUGCUCAAGUAGAACAACAUGCUGAAGAAGCCACUACACCAUUCCAACCCAGACCUUGGAAACAUCAAAGCUCACAUCCACUUGACCAAAUAAUUAGAGGAACUCAAUGA